GAAAUAAUUUGAAUGUACCGAUACAUUGAAUCCCUAAAAUUAUACAUUUGCUUUUCAAGUUGGCACGUUCCUGAGUGAAGAAAAUAAAAUAAAAAUUUCACAGGUCUUUGCCUCAAAGAAGUAUUCAACCCAAAAUCUGGAUGAUCAUUCCGAAGAACUCUCCGAUCGAGUCACCACCGCCGUAGAACAUAUGCACGACACCGUUUAGCCCCAAAAUCGAAGAAAUGUCGAGUAGGAUGAGGAACGAAGCUAGCAGUAGCAGCAAAACCCCAAAGGAAAGCGUCGUUGUUGAUUACGGAAAGCGUCGAAGCUCUUGUGGUUAUUGUAGAUCCCCUCGUCACAAUAGCAUCUCUCAUGGCAUGUUGGCAGAGAGCCUUACAGUGGAUGACUACCAAGCUCUUCUUGAUCAGGGCUGGAGAAGAUCUGGAUGUUUUCUUUAUAAACCGGAGAUGGAAAAAACAUGCUGCCCUUCCUAUACAAUCCGCUUGAAAGCAAGUGACUUUGUUCCCUCUAAGGAUCAAGUUCGUGUAUCUAGACGAAUGCAAAGGUUUUUGGAUGGAACCUUGGAUGUUAAAAGAGGUGAUGUCAUGAAGGAAUCAGAUACUUCAAAAAAUUCAGAAAGCCUUGUCCAUAAUAACCCAUCAUGCUCCAUGUCAGAAGAAUCUCUAUCUGUUGGCAACAAAGAGGUGGAUGAAGAUGAAAAAUCUUUGCAUUAUUUAUCGGAGCAGAUUGAUAAUGUAACACACAUGUUCACCAAGAACGGGGAAUUUCCAUCUGAUAUUCAGUUACCAAAAGCUUCAGUCAGAAUGGUUUCACAGGGAAAAAAGAAGUUCUUAGCCAAUGGAUCCGAAGAUCUAUUAUAUAGUAGCAAUAUAGCCUUUCAAGUUGCCGCAUCUAUAAACCGAGCACAGUCAAAGGACAAGGAUGGUAGUGAUUCCAAACCAUCAAAAGAUAGUGAGAAGAAAAAUGGAUAUUCUCCUAAAGUUAUUGCAGAAAAGCUGGUAGCAUCUUUAGAUUCAAUAAUGAAAAAUUCUGGUCUGUCUAUUAGGGCUUGCAAUGGACAUGCCAAUUUUUAUGCUUUUAGUAAGCAAGUUUCCCAAAAUGGAACUGUUCAAAAUGCUGCAAUUCCUAAAAAAUCUGGAACGAAAUGUCAGUUUAAAAAGCGAAAGCUUGAGAUCCGUUUGAACAGAUCCAGUUUUGAUCCAGAAGAACAUGCUUUAUUUGCAAGAUAUCAGAGCAAAGUACAUAAUGAUAAACCAGCAAAUUACACGGAGAGUUCAUAUCGCAGGUUUUUGGUUGAUACUCCAUUAUUAUAUGUUUCACCUACUGGUGAUAACACAGUCCCUCCUUGUGGUUUUGGCUCUUUCCAUCAACAGUAUUUGGUGGAUGGUCGGUUAGUAGCAGUUGGGGUUAUAGAUAUCCUUCCUAACUGUUUAUCAAGUAAAUAUUUGUUCUGGGAUCCAGACUUUGCCUUUCUAUCACUAGGCAAGUACUCUGCACUUCAAGAAAUUGGUUGGGUGAAAGAUAACCAGGUUUAUUGUCCUAGUCUCCAGUACUAUUACCUUGGCUACUAUAUUCACUCUUGCAACAAGAUGAGAUACAAGGCUGCAUAUCGCCCUUCAGAACUUUUAUGCCCUCUCCGUUAUCAGUGGGUUUCAUUUGACAUUGCAAGGCCUUUGCUUGACAGAAAGCGUUAUGUUGUCUUAUCAGAUGCUUCCAUUUUACAAAAUGGUGAGUCAUCCCCACUUCAAGUUUCUGAAGAUCAAGAUGCAAUGUUAAUCCAGCUUGAUGACAGUGGUCAAGAAGAUGCAAAUGAUGUUCCAAUGCACGAAGAUGAAAAAAUGGCCGAGUUUGAAUCGGAAGGCUCUGAUGAUGAAUAUGAUGAACCUGAUUUACAAACUACUUCAUACGGUGAACCAGAAAAUAAUGAUUUCAGCGAAGUUUUGCUAGGGAUAAGGGGAUCUCGUGUGAGAUACAAGGAUCUGCGAAGUAUGUUUGGUCCUGAGCAGCAGAGAUACUUGGAGUCACAGUUGAAGAAAUACAGGAGGGUUGUGGGUCCAGUGUUAUCUGAGCGAAUGGUCUACUCUCUCGGUUAAAUUAUAUCUUGGAACUUGAAUUGAAUCUUGUAACAUGCUACUGCUAUGUCCCCCAGUAAAUAAGAUCCUGUAUCCUGAAGCUGAAUUUGAUGCCCAAUUGUCUUUAGGAAUGGCAUUAGCUGUUACAAUUAUGUGAAUCUUAUGUUUUUGGUUAAUGGUUUGUUUUAUUUAACGCGUUCUUCAAAUUUCUUGUGCA